ACGAAACGUGUUGUCUGUUCAUGUACCACUGUGUUGGUCGAUUAACGAAUCGUUGACAAAUAAAGUCGUUCGAAAUUGAUUUACCGAAUGUCGAUUGGCCUCCGUGGAUCUUUUUCGUUAUUAUUUAAAUAAUCAUCGGAGACGAUCGUUAAAGGUUUAUUUUUGAAUUAUUUUUUGAGAAGAAAAACAAAAGUUUGCGAGUAACAUCCUGUCUGGAAUUUGGCUCCAGCUUUGGAAUAUCGACUAUUUCUACCGAAUAUCGAUUAUUCAUGAGUAUUUCCUCCAUCUUGUGAUUUAUAUAUCAGAGGACAUUUUGAAAUUAUCUUUAAGAAGGAAGACAGGAGACUGCAGGUAAUAUCCUGCUUCGAAAUUAAUUUAAACUUUGGGAUAUUGAUUGUUUCUACUAAAUAUUCAUUGACUAUGUGUAUUUUUCUACUUGGUAAUGGAACGAUCAUAGGAAACAUCUUUGAACUAUUUCUUAAAGAAGGAACGUCAGAGUUUAAAACUAAUAACUUGCUUGAAGUUUGAUUCAAGCUUUUGGAAUGGCUUAGAUCGAAUUAUUCGUUGAAACGUCCUGAACUUAUCGAUAAAGCUCCUUCGCGUUCUGAAGUCCGACGAAACAUUUCGUCGAUCUAAGACAGAGAAGAGAUGCUGGUUUAUUAAAUUAAAGAUAAAUAACUGUCGUUUUUCAGUAAUGGAUUGCAGCGAGGAAGAGUUGACAAAAAUCAAUGUCUUUCGAUUAAACAUUCUGAUCCCACUGAUGGAGAUGUUGGACGUGUAUGCGUCGUUUAAACAAGAAUUAAGUCCAGAUGAGUUUUGCAUUCGUCUGUUUGUUAACGAAGGCUCGAGAGAGAAAUACAAUCCCCAUCACGAUCCUGUUAUGGAACGUUUCAGGAAUAUCGAAGAACUUAAGGGUUUGUCAGUUUCGUUGCAAAAUGUAGUCAUCGAUUUAUUUAUGAAUAUCGUUCGUUACACGAUUUUCUUGGAAUCAAUAAGUAAAGAUUAUCUGGAUAAACAGAACUGUCGCAAUUACAACGAUUUGUCUCAGAUCAUAGUGUUUGUAUACAUCUUAUCAUACAGAAUAUGCAGCUUGUUUUUCGAAGAUUCGAUCGAUUGCUUCGUUCGCUUUAAAGUAAAGAAAAUGUUGUCCCUCGUUGCGUAUCUUCUUCGCACGGAAACUGCCAAUCUUUUCCAUGAGAAGGGUUGCCUGACGUUCGAGGAAGAUUUCGUGGAGGGAAACCUGGUUCUGCCAUUUUUAGAGGCAACGCCAUGUUUAGAGAAACUUCAGCAGCAAUUAAAGCAGCACAUACGAAAUACGAAGAUUCCUAAAAAGGAAUUGACUACUCCUGUAUUUAUGAACGUUUUAAAUCGACCAAGAACGGGUUUGAAAGUGCCACCCGGUACACCUGAACCAAUCGAAGUAAAACAGACAGCAGCUUCGACAUUAAGAGAAUGCGCGCAUGUAAUCAACAUGGAAGAGAAAGAAAUAAAAAGAUUGAAGGCAUUAGCUGAAGGAGGUACCGAUCCAGCUUCGAUACUGAAAUUCCAAGAAGAAAGGCGUCAGCAACAAAAAGAGGAAGAAUUAUUAAAGAUACAAGAGAAACAUCUAUUGGCUUUGUUAACCCGUGAGAAUGCUUUCAUUGCGAAACAAUCGCUGUUGAACGAUGUGAAAGCGCACGCAGAAAGCGUUCGAAAGGAGAAGCAAGAACUUUACGACAAGUUAGAGAAAUGGAGAGAGAAUCACAACAGGGAGAUGAUGGAAAUCGUUGAAAGGUGCCGCGAAGUCGAACAAGCCUCUCGUGAAGCUUUCAAUGCCAUGAUCGACGAGAAAAGGCAGAAAGCCGCAGAGGUGACCGAAGAAUCGCGGCAAUUGAAAGCCCAGUUGGUCAAGCAGAGAGAGGAAGAAACUCGCAGGAAAAUUAAAUUGAUCCAAGAAAUUAAGACGCUUCAAUCUUUACGGGCAUUGCCAUCGAUCAAGGAAUUCGAUCCAACAGAAUCAAGCGGUUUGGGUCUUCUUUGUGAAAUGUCCUUGGCGGAGUUGAAAGAGAGAUUAUUUUGGAUCAAAAUGAAAUUGGACGAGGAAACAAAGGAGAGAAAAUCUGUUAUUUAUCGAGAACGCGAAAGGCAGAAAAACUUGAUCAACGAAACGAGAAAAGCGCUCGAAGAAUAUAAAGCGAGCAAGUUAGUUGUGAAACUAUUACAUAUCGCUAAUUAUUCGCGGCGUACUGUUUUUCCGUCGAAAACACGGCAACGAUUACAGCCUGUUAGCUCACCAGAGAUCGACGCGUUGCGAAAGAAACUGGAAGAACAAAAAGCACUGAGGUCACGGAAAGGAACGGUAUCUAUUUCGAAAUAAACGAAUUAGACACUUUAUUUGUUCAGAUAAAACGCUCCAAUUCCUAUAAAUUAUUUAGAAUUUAUUAUCUAUUUAUUUACUGAUUCCGUGGUUACUGUGUAAUAGUAUUAUAAAACAAAAAUGUUUUCCGAAAUUAAUAAUGUAUUACGAAUGUUGCGAAGCAAAUGUUUAAUGGUAAAGUCAUUUUUGAGAGACCAAGAAAUUGUGAAAAGAAAUCCAGAUAACAUAAAUAAAUAAAAGUGAUAUGACUAAUUUAAAUACUAAUAUUUAAAUCUCUAACUUUUGCUGAUAGAGAUUAAAAUGGAAAAUUAUGCAAAUAUUAUGCAAGAGUAAUGCAGAGUAAUGUUUAGAAGGCAACAAUUAAGUAGCAUAAACAUUGAUAAAAACGUUUAUGUUAUCCAUUUAUGUAUAUUACUUUUUAGAAAUUCCACAAUAUGAAUAUUAAGGAAGACUUAAUUGAUUUAUUUGACUAUCUUGGUAAAAUUGCAGACGCGUUUUUCUUUCUAUCUUUCGUUGUAGAUCCUACGA